AUGGCGUCCCUUACCUUGACCGACCCGGAUAUGAUCCUACCUUACAAUGGCAGCGAACGCGAAUCUUCCACCCCGUCCCCGCCCUCACAGCUGGUCUACCUGUCCAACCUGAGCGCGCGAUAUAACGAGGACCCUUAUUCUUUAACUGCCUCGGGCAGCCGGUCAAAGAAAAAAAUUUCGCGACACGCCCGAGCCUACGAGGAGGAGGUCAAUUUCAACCGUCGCCUACCAGAUAUCGAGGAGACGUCGCCAAGGCAGAUUAUUAGGGAUGACGAUAAGAGGAUGGGACAGGGACAGGGGCAGGAACAGGGACGGGAAAUUUCGACUGUCCUAGAUCAAUCGUCUCGUGGGAAUAGUGAGAAUUCGGAAUUGAAUAGCUCGAACUCGAGCCCGAGCCUGAUAUCGACUUUGAGUGCGGGGAGUGUGAUUGCGCCGAACGGUCGCAACAUUUCUCCGAUUCAAUCUGUGGCUGCAGACUCUCAGAAACUUGCUAAUGGUGGGCUACCUGAUAGUAGUCUCAUCGCUUCUAUUGUAAAGGUCAAGGCUCCUGGAGAGGAGCACUCGUCGGUGGUAUUGAGUAGAGAAGCGGAGAGAAUUCUGGAAAAUGCAAAGAAACGAUUGACGCUCAUGGAAGGCAAUCUUAACCGUGCUCGUACGGCCGUACGCCUCAGUCCUUCUCCGUCUCCAUCGGCCGCUGGGUAUAAUUCACCCAUUGGGUCUCACAAGCCUGUUGGUGGGUUAUAUCAAUCAAUUUCACGAACUGGUAGAGCCUCCGCUCUUCGGCGACAAUCGUUGAACUCUUCGAAGGACUACUUGACCACCCGACAUUCUCGAGUGCACAGCGACAUGCAAUUUCCUUCCGAUGCCUCCUCUCCGAGUGAUAAACGCAUGUCUCGUUCCGUGAGUGCAAUGGGGGCAAGCAGUGUAACAAGCUUUCAUAAAGAUGAGCGGUCGUUCCAGUAUGGGCCUACGCGAUCAUACUUGACGCACCGAUCAUCUGCCUUAGAGAACCGCCCUCCAUCUAUCAAGGAAGACUUGCCGAAACCAACGUCAUCCCCACCGCCUGUUGAGUCACCGAUCCCUGAAGAUUAUAGCCCGUUGGAUUCACCAGCGGAUCCGGAUAUAGGAGAAGAUGACUUCAAAUCUUAUUCAGGGUAUAUAAGUCCAAGCUAUAGCGGCUCUGGCCCGCCCAGUCGCGCCCAGUCUCAGCUGCAGGUCCGUGACCUGCAGUACCAGAUGAAAGGGCUUCACAUCAAAAUUUCGUCGCUCAAAGUAAAGAACCAGAAGGAUAACAUGCGCCGACGUAGUAUUCAAAGUCUACGCACACCGAGUCCUUUGACGGCGGCUGAUCCCUGGUAUUCAAAUGGCCUGGAGACCCGUGAUGGCCGAAGUAGCCGUAGCUCUGGCUCGCGACGAGUCUCAAAUUCGGAGUAUGCUCAUGAGCCACGGGCUUCUCACGAGAGCGUGAAUGUGAAGGACCAAAAUAACACUCAGGAAUCCCAGCGAAGUGGCAGUAUUGUCGAUCGCAAUCGGCUGAGCCAAUAUGGAUUUGACGGUGGAAAUCAGUCUACAAUGAGUAGCUACGAAGAUGCGGAGGAGGGCGACUACUUUGAUCCGGGAGACAUCGACCGAGAUGCUCUGGAUGAAAUUUUGCGCGAGCCGCUUGACGAAGAUUUACAGGCGCUCGAAGAUGAUGAGUGCAUGGUCGACACAAGACCCCACGAGGAACGUGAAGAUGCGUUCGACUACGAGCAUUUCAUUCUCCAUAGUGCAUUGGGUAACUACUCUCGUCACAAAGCCAAACGUCCAAGUAUCAGUUCCCGGCGAUCAGUCGAGACCUCUCGACCUGCACCAUCACGAGCAAGAAUGUCGCGCACAAACAGUGUAAUGUCCACUUCCACGGUUGAUACCUUUGCGACAGCAGUCGAAGGAGAUCAGAUGGCAAACGGAGAAGAUGACAUUGGCGGUGUACUGUACUGGGAUCGUCGAUUCAAUUUUGAACUUCGCCAUCGCCACCAAGCAACCAGUCCAGAUCUUGAUACCAUCCGUUCCGAAACUCCUCAUGAAUCUCCUCGCCAAUCUCAAGACUUUGGCAGCGGAACCACCACCCCGCAGCAAUCUCCACGCGCCUCCAAGCACGAGCCAGCAACACCGACAGCUCUUGCCUCCUCUCUUGUUUCAACCGUUCGAGCAGCUGCGAGUCCGCAUCCAGGCUCUCCCAACCCUGGCAUUAAUGAAGACGAUACCCAGACGCUGGAAAGUCUAUUUGCCAGUCUGGGUAAUGUCUGCAUGGAAUUGCAGGCUAUCACAUCCUCGCCUGAUCCGGAUCUGAAAGCUGCAAGACUUCUCCGGCGACGACUGGAUGCGGCGCGGAGAGUUCUUGACGGCGAGCUCGAUACUUGA